GCGACAGCGGCUUUUGCGACGGCCGUGCUGUAAAGCGCGGGGUGUUGACAGCAGCCGGCGGAGCAGGAAGUGAGUGAGGGUAAACCGGGAUAAACCGGGAUAAACCGGGAUAAACCGGGAUAAACCGGGAUAACCGGGAUCACCGGGACCGGCCCGCAUCGCCGGCAUCACCGGCAGCGGGGGCUCGGCCCGGUGGGACACGGAGCCAUGAGCAGAGCCAGGAGGGUCCCGGGCCGGGGGGCCGCCAUGGCCAGGCAGAUGGGGCUGCUGGCGGAUCCCGGGGGCAGCCCUGGGGACGGGGACGGGGACGGGGACGCGGCGCUGGAGGCUGAGCUGCUGCUGCUGCUGGGGGGCCGGGAGGGGCCGGAGCAGCCCCCGCCCCCCCCGCAAGCUCUGGCAGCUGUGGAGGCCCUGGCCCAGCUCUGCCUCCAGGACCCCCCGGAGGAGGAGGAGGAGGAGGAGGAAGGGGAGGAAGAUCUGGAGAACGAGGAGGAGCUGCUGGCAGAGCUGCAGGAGGUGCUGGAGGAGGGAUCCGGGAGCGCAGCCGCUGCAGAGACCCCACAGGUACAGCCUGGGCCAUCCCAGCCCCGAUCCCAGGCUGGAUCCCGGUGGGGGAUCCCGGUGAUCCGGUGUUCCCUCCCGCAGGAGCCCGCGGGUGCCGGGGCGCUGCUGGCGGAGCUGGCGGAGCGUGCGGAGCUCUACCGGGCUGCCCUGGGCAACGCCGCGAGGGAGAACGGCAACGGGGCCCGGCUCCGGCGCCUCCAGCGCGGCCUCAAGACCCUGGAGCAGAUGCUGGAGUCCGUCCGGAGCGGGAAGCCGAUCGACGAGGCCGAGAUUCCUCCCCCGGUGGCUCUGGGGAAGGGUGGGGGAGCCCCUGGGCCACCUCCCCCUGCGAGCCCUGAGCCCCCAGUGCAGCCCCCUGCCCCUCCACAGCCUCCCCCAGCCCCAGAUCCCAGCCUGGAUCCCAGCCCAGAUCCCAGCCCCGAUCCCAGCUCGGUGCCGGCGCUCCGGCUGCGGCUCCAGGAGCUGCAGAAGGAAGCGCUGGCGGCCAAACGCCGCGGGGACACGGCCACGGCCCUGGGGCACUUCCGUGCGGCCAAGAGGCUGGAGGCGCAGCUGGAGCUGCUGGGGCAGGGCCGUGUUCCGCCAGCCCCUGAUCCACAGCCGGAGCGGCCGAAGGCUCCGCUCCCGAGGGAUUCUCCAACGAGGAACCCACCGGAACCCAGCCCAGCCCCUCCUGCCGCAGAGCCCCCCCGGGCGCCGCGGGACGUGCGGGAGGCGCUGGAGCAGCGCAUGGAGCGCUACCGGGCGGCCGCCGCACACGCCAAGGACAGCGGAGACGCCAGGAAGGCACGGAUGCACGAGAGGAUUGUCAAGCAAUACCAGGCCGCCAUCCGUGCUCACAGCGCCGGCAAAGCCGUGGAUCUGUCGGAGCUGCCGGUUCCCCCGGGCUGCCCCCCCAUCCAGGGCACGGAGACCCAGCCCCAGCCGAGCAUUGCUGGGAUGCUGGAGGUGGCCAUGAAGCUGACGGGGCCGGAGCAGCAGGAGGAGGAGGAGGAGGAGGAAGAGGGGGACAGCAAGGCGGCCAAGCUCCAGGUGCAGCCCAGCGCUCCCCCCGCCGCCCCUCCCAAAGCGCCGCCGCCCCCUCGCAAUUCCCAUCCGGCUCCCAAAGCCUCUGGAAAAGCCCAGCAGCAGCUGCAGUUCCUGGAGCUGCGGCGCCGGCAGCUGGCGCAGGCAGCGCUGCGGGCAAAGCGCCGCAAUGACCUGGAGGGAGCCAAGGUCCUGCUGCGCCGCGCCAAGGGCAUCGAGGGGCUGAUCGGGGCCGCCCGCGGGGGGCUGCCCGUGGACAUCGCACAGGUCCCGGAGGUGCCUCUGGACGGGGCCGAGUUCGAGCUGGGGCCGGGCCGGGGGGUCCCGAUGCCCCCCGAGGCCGCCAAGACCUUCCUGCAGCUGGCGGGGGCCCUGAGGAGGCAGCACCAGAUGUGUCUGAGCUAUUCCCGGCAGUUCGCUCACCUGGGGAACAUCUCGGAGGCCACCAGGUGUGAGGCUCUGGCUGAGGAGUGCCGGCAGCACAUGGAGACCCUGCGGAGGGAGCACAGCCGGGGGGGGCCCCCCCCAAAACCCCGCUACGAGCAGAGAACCUUCAGCGUCAUCAAGACGUUCCCGGAGCUGAGCAGCAGCGACCUGGAGCUGGGGAUAGAGAGAGGGAUCGGGCUCCAGUGCCCCCGCAGGUGUGGCCCCGGUGACCUGGACACCUUCGUGCGCUUCGAGUUUCCCCACCCCAGUGUGGAGGAGGCGCAGCGGGACAAGACCAACGUGGUGAAGAGCACGGAUUGUCCUGAGUUCCGGGCUCGGUUCCGGCUGCGGCUGCUCCGGGGGCACCGGGGGCUGCGCCGGCUCCUGAGCUCCCGCGGGAUCAAGUUCGAGGUGACCCAGAAAGGGGGGCUGUUCCGGCCGGAGCGCGCUCUGGGCUCGGCGCAGCUGCGGCUCGAGGGGCUGGAGGGGUCCUGUGAGCUCCGCGGUGUCCCUCAGCUGCUGGACGGUCGGCGUCGCACCGGCGGCCGUUUGGAGGUUUGGGUGCGGAUCCGGGAGCCGCUGGGCUCGCAGCGGCAGCUGGAGCCUCGCUCCGAGCGCUGGCUGCUGCUGGAACCGGGAGCCGAGGCCACGGUCUCCGUUCCCAACCCCACCCCUGGCGGCCCCGAAGGACGGGAACAGCAGGUGAGGGAUGGGGGAACAAUCCCGGGGGGAGCUGAUCUAUCCCCGCCCGCAUUCCCGAGCCUCAACCUGCUGCAGUUGGAGCGGGAGCGGCUGGAGCGGAAGCUGGUGCCGUUGGGCCGCGCCGGGCGCCCGGUGCCCCCCGAGCUGCGGCAGCAGCACCAGGAUCUGCUCCGGCGCAUCCAGGGGCUGCGGACGCGGCUGCAGGCGGGGGACCCCCAAUUCCGCAGGGAGUACGCGGAGCACCUGGAGCGGCACCUGCGGCUCUACACGGAAGCGGCGCGGCGCCUCGUCCAGGGAGAGCGGGAGGCAGCCAAGGAGGCUCUGUACAAGCGGAACCUGGUGCAGAGUGAGCUCCAAAAGCUCCGUGGAUGAAUCCCCCGGCCCUGCCCCCUCCUGGGGGGGCUCUGGGACCCCUCCCCUGCUUUGGGGGGGCUCAGAGACCCCUCCCCUGCUUUGGGGGGCUCUGGGACC